UAUCUAUCUAUCUAUUUCCUCUCUCUCCUUGGCAGGCGGGAUGCUGUUCACGGCCACGGUGACGGAUUUCCUGGCAAUCGACACGGUGAUCUACCGGAGCCUGGGGGACAGCCCCACUCUGCGCACCGUCAAGCAUGACUCCAAGUGGUUCAAAGAGCCCUACUUUGUCCAUGCUGUGGAGUGGAAGAGUCAUGUCUAUUUCUUCUUCCGGGAGAUUGCCAUGGAGUUUAACUACCUGGAAAAGGUGAGGCGCCUUCCUGGGCUGCAUGGCCCAGAUGCAGCCAGCACUCUCCAGGGGCAGGGCCGCCCCACCGGCUUCUGCUCUGCUCCUUCACUUCCCUGGGUGACGCCUUGGGGACAGGCUGGGGUGGAGAAUGGCGAUCACAGGCCUCGGGGAGCACAUGGAUGA